AUGGCGCCGACUUUGAGGAUCGCUCUACUCCAGCUGGACGGCUUCCCGACCAAGAAGGAAGCAAUCGCAAACGCGAUCAAUUUGAUCCGAACGGUGGUCAAGGAUAAGCGGGCCCAGCUGGUUGUUCUGCCGGAGUGUUGGAAUUCGACUUACAGCACAGCGGAAUUCGCGAGGACGGCCGAGUUUAUACCGAAAGGGGAAACAUCCGUGGCUUUGUCCAACGUGGCUUCGGAGCUGGGAAUCUACCUGAUUGGAGGAACGUUCCCGGAAAAAGAUGGCGACAAGCUGUACAAUACCUGUCCCGUGUGGGGACCCAAGGGUCAGUUUAUGGGAAAGUAUCGGAAGAUGCAUUUGUUCGAUAUGGACAUUCCCGGAGUGUGUACCUUUAAGGAAUCCAGUGUGCUAACGGCGGGUAAUCAGUUCUUCACGUUUAACAUCGGUGAGCUGAAGGUUGGCCUGGGCAUUUGCUACGAUCAACGGUUCGCCGAAUUUGCCGCUGUUUAUCAACAGUUGGGUUGCGAUCUGUUGGUUUUCCCGUCUGCAUUCGACGUCUUCACUGGGCCGAUGCAUUUCGAAUUGAUCGCUCAGGCUCGGGCGCUGGACAACAGUAUGUUUGUGGUGCUUUGCUCCCCGGCACGGGAUGUUAGCAAGGAUUACGUCGUGUAUGGCUAUUCGACCAUUUGCGAUCCCUGGGGCCGGGUGGUGUGCCACGGCAAGGAAGGACCGACUAUGCUGUCCGCUGAGCUGGAUUUCAACGUGUGCACCGAGAUUCGAAAACAGAUACCGGUGGUGUACCAGAAGCGAACUGAUUUGUACGAACUGCACACGCUGGAGUAA